GAGUCCCAUGAAUACGCUUCUCCAGUACUAUUAUUCCAUGCAGACUCUGCAACAGUUUGAAGUUUGAACUUGGACCCCCCACGGUCACGCUACUUCCAACGAGACUGCUAUAAAUAGUUUGAUAAUCACGACAUCGCUUCCCAGGUUCUGAGUAACAUUAUUUCAUUCUCCAUUAAUCACCACAUUGAUGGCUCCGAUGGAACAUGCACGCGCUAAUAAGCUUCUUGAGCAAUCUAAGGUUGGUCCAGCAAUAUCCCCAGAUAGAACCACUCUUCCUCUCACAUUCCUGGAUAUCUCUCUUGCAGGUCCUAUCUACGUCAGACGUCAAUUCUUCUACCAAUUUCCUUACCCUGCUCACCAUUUCAUCCGCACUACGCUUCCCUCUCUCAAACACUCUCUCUCCGUCGCACUCCAGAAUUUCUUCCCUCUCGCCGGAAACCUCCUCUGUCCGCCGCCCCCUCACAAGCCUUAUAUACGCUGCACCAGUGACGACUCCGUCAGCUUAACCGUAGUCGAGUCCGCUUCUGAUGAUUUCAAUCACUAUUCAGCUAACUACCCAAAGAAUCUGGAAGACUUGGAAUGUUUGGUUCCCAAGUUAUCAUGGAGUACAGUGGAUGAAGACAUCAAUGGAGCUGACUCCACAUUCGUGUUCCCAAUCGUAGCCUUGCAAGUCACAGUUUUUCCUAAUGUUGGCUUUUGUAUCGCCAUCACGUAUUGCCACGUGAUGGAUGACAAUUGUUGCAGCCACUUCAUGAAAACGUGGGCUUCCAUUUGUAGAUCCGACGGCAGAGAUAUGACUUUUCUGGACACGUCAACGCCGUCGUAUGACAGGGAAGUGAUCAAAGACCCAAGGGGCCUUGAAACUGUUUUCUUGAGGGACUAUUUUAAGGAAAGGUCGGUGUGGAAGGAAAGUCUCGUGGGUAAAACUUCCAAGCAUGUCGUCAAUAAUGAUGAUGACCUUUUCAAGGCAACGAUAGUGUUCUGCAGAGAAGACAUCGAAGUACUGAGAAAGGUGGCGAUAUAUCAGUGGAAGAAAAACGGCGAAUCGAACGCACCAAAGUAUCUGUCGAAAUUUGCGGUGACAUGCGGUUUUGUGUGGGCAAGCUUGGUUAAGACGAGAUAUGGGGAUGAGAAUGAGGAAGAGAAAGAUGAGUACUUUCGAUUUGCAGCAGAUUGCAGAAACCGACUCGAGGAUCCGUUACAGGAGAACUACUUUGGAAACUGCAUAACGCGAUGCUAUGCAUCGCUGAAGAGAAAAGAGCUGAAAGGAGAAGAAGGGUUUUUGAAGGCUGUGAAGGCGAUUGUUGGGGCAAUAGAAGAUAUGAAGAAAGAACCUUUCAAAGAUGCAGAAAAGUGGAAGGAGAACUUUAAGAAAAUGUUCGUGUUAGGAAGUACGGUGCUUGUUACAGGGUCCCCGAAAUUCACCGUUUAUGAGACUGACUUUGGAUUUGGGAGACCUAAAAAGGUUGAAAUGGUACAUUCCUUUAAGUGCAUGUCUCUCGCCGAGAGUGGAUCUGAAGAAGGUGGCGGCCUUGAGGUUGGCUUGGUAUUCAGAAAGCAUGAACAUGAAGAUUUCAUGUGUGUCGUCGAACGAGGACUGCAAACUUUCAAAGCAUAGUUCGGUAUCGUCAUGUCAUUACUGAAGAUUAAUUUCGUUUGUAUUCGUGAUGAAGUUUGAUGCGUAGUUUCUCUCCGUGUUAAUAAUAUAUUUAUGUGGUAUACUUAUUCAGAUACUA